UCGCCGAACCCAGAGCGGUUCGAUCCUCCUCCCCCUCCCCCUCCCCUUGGGCCGCGCGAUGGGCGACCAGGGCCACAAGGUCUUCGUCGGCUCCCUGCCAGGAGACUGCACGGAGGACGAGUUGCGGGUAGUCUUCAGCACGUACGGGGAGGUAGUCGAUUUGGCCCUCCUCAAUCCUUCCCGGAGCUCUGGCCAGCGCUGCGCGCUCAUCACCUACAGCCGGUUGGAGUCUGCAGAGCAGGCCAUCCAGCUUCUCAACCGCCAGUACAAGAUUAGGGCGGACGCGGAGAAGCCCAUCGACGUGAGGUGGCCCCAGGAGCGCAGGGCGCCGCCGCGCGGGCCCGGCGGCGGAGGCUGGGCGCCCACCCCGCAGCACGGCGGCGGAGGCGGCUGGAGUAGCCACGGCGCCGCCGCGCCCAGCGCCGCCGCCGGGCCAAGCGAACACAAGCUGUUCGUGGGCAACUUGCCGCCAGGUAUCUUGGACGAGGAGUUGAGGCACGUGUUCGGCACGUACGGAGAAUUGACCAACACCCACAUCAUGAGGCCCUCGCCCACCACGGGCCAGAGGUGCGCCUUCGUCGCCUACUCCAGGAGAGAGUCGGCCGAACAGGCCAUGGAGCUGAUCCACGGCAAGUACAAGAUCCGGACCGACCCCGGAGCGGAGCCUCUGACGGUCAAGUGGGCAAACGAGCGCGGCGGCGGCGGAAAGAGCUGCUGCGGCGGCGGGGGCAAGGGCGGCGACGGUGGUUGGCAGGGCAGAGGCGGUGGCGGCGAUUUCCGAAAUGGCGGGACAGGUGGCUGCGGCCACGGCGCUGGUGGUACGCGGUUGUACGUGGCGAAUUUGCCAGAGGGCAUUGACAGCACGACGUUGGAGUACGUCUUCAAGACGUACGGCAGCGUGGCGAACGUGCACGUCAUGGGCCAGAAGUCGAUCAAGGGAUGCGUGUCCGCGUUCGUGGACUACGGCACUCCCAGGGAGGCGGAGGUCGCCAUCGCGACGCUGCACGACAAGUACGAGAUCCAGCCAGGGCUGGGGCCGAUCACUGUCAAGCACGCGGCGUCGAAGGGCAAGGGCAAGGGCGGCUUCCAGCCCUACUGAGGCCCGCGCCCGCGGCGGCCUCCCCGCGAGCUGGCCGCGCCCCGCCCCGCCCCUCCGCCGGCGGAGGGCGCGUGCGCUCGGGCCGGUCUCGCGGUACCUCCUCGCCGCCGCCGCGGGCGCCUGCCGCCGCAGCCGCCGCCGCGAG